AUGAGCCGUCCUGGUACGAGCGCGAGCCAAAGGUCGACCAAUCUCGAGGUACCGCCCGCGUCUGCGACUUCGCAUUCCACGUUCCGAAACGUCUCUGCCUGCAAUCGCUGUCGAAUCCGUAAGAACCGGUGCGACCAGCGGCUCCCGCGCUGCCAGUCCUGCGAGAAGGCGAAGGUUCACUGUGUCGGCUAUGAUCCGGCUACAAAGCGUGAGAUACCGAGGAGCUAUGUCUUCUUUCUGGAGUCUCGUGUCGCAUACCUGGAGGCUCUUCUGACGGAGAAUGGCGUUGCGUUUAGGCCCCCGGAGGCGCACGAAGGUGAAGGAGACGAGCUACGCCUGGCCGGCCUGGCGCGCGCGUCAGCCGGAACAGGAGCAGCAGUAGAAGAGGGAGCAGGAGACGAAGGACGGGAUGCAGCGCAUGCAAAGGAGACCGGGACGAAGGAAAGGCUGCCGUUGAAUAACAACAAUAAUAUUGCACCGGGAAGUAGUGACGCAAGGGUGAAGCGUGAGCCGGCCAGUCCUCUGUCCGUGCCAGCAAAGACUGCAGCCAGGAGCAACAGCAGCCUGUAUGGCGGUAGGAAAUCGCUGGCCGAUGAUGCGAGCAGGCGGAUUGAUAAACUGGUCUCUAGCGUUGGGAUGGUGCCUGUCCAGGGCACCUCUGACCCGAGAUACCUAGGCUCUACGUCCGGCAUAUCCUUUGCUCGAGUGGUGUUUUCCGCCGUCAGAAGCUCGGUUUCAUCCAGCGUCUCCGAACGAGGAUCAAUCCGGCCGGGCUCCCGUCGACAGUCGGCUGCUGCCAGUGCGAGCAAGAAUGGCAGUGAUGGCGGCGCCGCCAGCGGAGGCAUGCAUUCCAUGAGGGACUCAUAUUUCGGCCUGCAGACAAAACCAAUCAUGAAACAGGCGCCUUUUCCAGACCGUGAAGUCGCUCAGAGGCUCGUCAGUCUAUAUUUCGAAUAUUCAAACGCCCAGAUCCCUAUCUUGCACCGGGUCGAGUUCAUGGAGGUCUUCAAUCGGGUGUACGCUACGGAGGAAAAGCAGCGUUCAGCUCGGGACCUCUAUUUCCUGAAUAUCGUCUGUGCUAUUGGAGCUGGCGUCAUUUUUGAUGCCAAAGGCGACGGCGAGCCUACGUCUCAGGAGAUGAAGAACGACGAUAGCAGGCAGAGCCCGACUCAUUCGCCAGCACAUAAACGAAGGCGGCUAUCAAAGCAGCAGCACCAACCGGAGGAAUAUCACGCCUCUGCCGUUGUUCAUCUGGAGUCGUGUCUAGGGUCUUCUUCAUCUGCGGAUGGCUUUGGGGGCGGGUUAGAGGAGCUACAAGCUGUCCUGUUGCUAGCCAGCUUUGCCUUGCUUCGACCAGUUGCCCCUGGACUCUGGUACAUUGCCGGCGUUGCAGUUCGGCUUGCAAUUGACCUUGGCCUGCAUCACGAAGACGGGACAGGUGUUGAUUCCAUCGAUGAGGUUGAAGUUGCGCGCCGUAUGUCUCGCAUGGACAGCAUUGAUGAGCACUCAUCCGAACAGGUCAGAGCCAGAUUGAAAGUUGACCCUCGCGAGAGAGGGAGAAGAGAGUUCAUUCGUGAUUUCAGACGAAGGCUCUGGUGGUGUGUCUACUCCUUCGACCGGCUGGUCAGCACCUGCGUUGGCCGCCCAUUUGGUAUCACUGACCAAGUCAUCACCACUGAAUUCCCGUCCCUCCUUGAUGAUGAAUAUAUUACCAAGGCCGGAUUCGUUGCAGCACCGUCUGGGGCUCCCUCAUACAAGCUAGUUGCGCAUCAUUACUUCAAGCUACGCCUCCUCCAAUCUGAAAUCCAGGAAGUCCUUCAACAUCAACAGGCCAUGCUAGCGAGGAAGAACGGUAGAAACCGUAACAACUCGUUUAUGCACACGAAACUUCCUUCUCCGUUUUUGCAGAAGUUUGAUAGCUUCCGCUCCUGGCGGAUAGACAUUCACCGGCGUCUUGAUGAGUGGAUACAGUCCGCGCCCAAGGCUCAUGAGAUAGGGGUGCAGUUCUCGCUCCAAUUCUUGGAGCUGAACUAUUGGCAGACUCUGAUAAGCCUGUAUAGACAGAGCUUGACUGUGCCGAAGCCACUGGCCUCAGAGAGAACGCCGACAGAGGACGUAUCAAGCCCCUCUCUGGCAAGUGUUGAGGAGCCAGAAGAUGAGGACGAUGUCUAUUCAAUGGUCGCUGAAGCUGGCCAGAAAGUGCUGAGAAUCUACAGACAGUUACACCGUGUGCGUCUGGUCAAUUUCACUUACCUCGCAACUCACCAUUUGUUCAUGGCUGGAAUAUCGUUUCUGUAUGCUAUCUGGCAUUCGCCUGCUACCCUUGAUGACGUCGACUUCACUGUCCUCGCUGCAACAUCUGUACUCAAGGACUUGAUAGAGAAAUGUCCGCCUGCUGAAGCAUGUCGGGACGCUUUUGAGCGGAUGAGCAAAGCCACUGUUCAAAUGGGACUAUCAACUACUGGUUUUGGCCAGCAAGCAGGCGUUGGUGAUAGGCUGGGUACUCACAAUCCCAGCGCUCAAUCCGGACCACAACACCAGAAUCAGAAUCAGAAUCAGAAUCAAAUAUCUGAUAGUCAAUACUUCCACAACACGUCUUUCUACAAGCCUUAUCCUCAACAACCGUACUACCAUAGCUCCAGGCCCUCUCGAAGCCUGGAUUCAAUACCAGAACAGCCCGUUGACUCUCGUCCGGUUGAACAAUGCACGGAUAACCGCUUUAGCAUCACGAAUUUUCUGUCCAACCCCGUUGGCUCGUCCAAGAUUGGAAAGGCGCAGUCUUCCUCGCCUCCACAAUAUCAUGAGCACCGCGAUAUACCUAGUCGAGCCGCUUCCACCACUCCAGAAAAAAGGUCACCAAAGUCCGCCUCGCGCCAACUAGAAAAUCCCUUUUCACCUAGCCAGUUCAACAGCCAGCUGCAAGCCGCAUCUCAACGCCAACAGCAGCAGCAAUCACCACACCACCAGUCUACCCAUCAUUACACAUAUACUGACCCGUUUGCAAGCCGGACCCCGCAGCCCAAUCCUCACCAACAACAGUUCCAUUCCCCACAGGCCACCAGCCAAGCAGGAGCACCAUUUUACGUCCCUGGACUUGAUGAUCUCCUGAACAGUCCCUCUCGCCCGUAUACCUCGGACAACCAAGCAGUCUACACCAGCGGCGAAGGAGCAGACAUCAACUUGACGAGUCUUCCGUUAUAUUCACCAGAUAGCACCCAUGCUGCCAUGGCGGGAAACAGUGCCCUCGACCUGGGAUUCGGAGUCGGCACUGCCGUUGACUUCCAGCAUGACUGGAACGAAAAUACUGGUUUCGACCUGUUUGAUGGCCUCUUCUUCGGCGGAGGAGGGUGA